AUGCUCUCCUGGUUUGGCGGCGCAGGUCACGGCGGAAGUAGCGCGACGCACACGACCGCGUCUAGCGGUGGUGCAUCUCCGCAACAAGCGGCGGCCAACAGUACCGGCGGCGGCGGCGGCGGUCUUGCGUCCUGGUUCGGCGGCGGCGUCGCUGGCGGCGGAUCACCUUCGUCCGGACCGCCUGCGAAGGGGAAGGGCCAUCGCCGUUCCUCUAGUGUCCCCGUCGUCCCGAACGUCGUUCCUGAUCCGCGUGCCGGACCGGGCGCGUCGCCUCUGGGUCCCAGCACUGCCGGCGGCGGCGGCGGCGGGGGGGUGAACUCGCAACUGCUCGCCGGGCCGCGCGGAAGCAUGUCGCGAUUAGGAGGCGGUGUUGGCGGUGGUGGCGGCGGCGGAGGAGGAGCAGGAGGGUAUGGAGGGAAAGGCGGUAUGGUGAUGAGUACAGGCGGAGUGGUUAGCUUGAAAGGCGGCCUGAAAGUGAACCUUCCAAGUACUAGCCCUUACGGCAGCCCUUACGCGAGUCCCCGAAAUCCGCCGGGCGCGGGGGGAUUUGCUUCACCUUACAUGCAAGGUGGAGGGGGGGGCUCGCGGAAAUCGAUGACGCCAGGGGGGUCGCUUUGCGCAAGCCCGCGCACUGUAGCGGCGCAAAGCGAGCGGGAUCAGGCGAAACUGGCGGAGAUUCAGAGCAUGUUCAGCAACUGGAACGCGGGGACUCCCGUGCAAUCUCCGCGGAAAGGUGCUUCCAGAAUUGUUUCUGGCGUCCCGCUAAGAACGCCGCAAGUGAGCGAGUAUUACAGAGAGGACGGGGAUAUUGAGGUGGAAGAAACACCCGAAGUUCUCGGUCCGUCGAACUCAAAUGUUUUGGGGAAACCGUAUCAGGAUUUGAAGGAUAAAUACAAGAUGUCGCCGAAGGAGCUUGGGCGGGGGAACUUCGGCGUGAUUCACGUGUGCGAGAAUCUGGAAACGGGCGAGCGAUACGCGUGCAAGACAAUCACCAAGGCUAAGCUCGAGUGCUGGGAUGACGUGGACGAUGUAAAGAGGGAGGUUCAGGUUCUCGAGACUCUCCGGGGACACCCUCAUGUCGUCUCCAUCAUCGAAACCAUUGAAGAUGAAAAGGAAGUGCACAUCAUAAUGGAACUGUGUGAAGGUGGCGAAUUGUUCGACCGUAUCCUGGAGAGGAAGUACUACGGAGAGAGGCAGGCGGCCAAGGUGAUCCGGUCGGUGGUGGAGGUGCUGGACUUCUGCCACCAGCGGGGCAUCGUGCACCGCGACUUAAAGCCCGAGAACAUCCUGCUCGUGUCCAAGAGGAGCGACACGCGGUGCAAAGUGAUCGACUUUGGCAUGGCCUACUGCCUCAAGCCAGGCGAGCGUUGCAAGCUGAGGGCCGGGACGCCCAACUACAUCGCUCCAGAAGUCAUAGCCAAGAACUAUGGCGCAGAGGCGGACGUGUGGAGCGCGGGAGUGAUCCUCUACGUGCUUCUUUGCGGGUUACCCCCGUUUUGGGGGGAUACCACGGAGGACGUGUUCAAGAGCAUCUUGUGGCAGGAGCUGGACUUUGAAACGGAGCCAUGGCCCGUUGUGAGCACUGCUGCUAAGGAUCUGGUCAGGAGGAUGCUGACGAGGAAAUACGACCGACGAAUCACGGUCUCGGAAAUAUUGAAGCACCCGUGGAUCAAGGCACUGACAUGA